AAGUAUUCCUCAUCCAUUCAUUGGAAAUCAAAAUAUCAUAGUUUCUCUCUCCUCCACUUAUCUACCUCAAACACAGCCCUCGCGCAACACACAUUCUGUGUGAUUCUGAGUAUUCGCCAUGGCCGGAGUUCUAGAAACCCUAAUCGUACCACGCGCCUCCGCCCUCCCCUCCGCCUCCGUCCGAUUUCCCCAGCUGAGGGGUCUCAAGAUGCUCCCAACUCGCUCCUCCGCAAAUCUGAGGACCAAUCACAAAUUUGCUCCACCUCGCACUAGAAUCGUAUGCGAGGCGCAAGACACAGCAGCUGUUGGAGCAACUGCAGUGGCUGCUGUUACUGAUCCGGACUGGCAAUCUAAUGUGAUCGAAUCGGAUUUGCCGGUUCUUGUUGAGUUCUGGGCACCAUGGUGUGGGCCAUGCCGAAUGAUCCACCCUGUCAUCGACAAACUGGCCAAGGACUAUGCUGGGAAGCUCAAAUGCUUCAAGGUCAACACCGAUGAUUGCUCAAGCAUUGCAACACAGUAUGGGAUCCGGAGUAUUCCCACUGUCAUAAUCUUCAAGAACGGGGAGAAGAAAGAAGCAGUCAUCGGUGCUGUUCCAGAAUCGACGCUGACAACUUGCAUAGAAAAAUACUUGUAGAACUGUAAGUGUGUGCACAUUGUAUGUAUCUUCUCAGAAUUCAAGCUCUUUCCUUUACUUGUCGACAUUCCCAAAAUCAAUGUAACAAACCUUAUGAAAAUAAUGUAUAGUGAUGCAGAUUUAAAGCAUCAUUCAUAUUUGUAUUA